GGGGACCCAGCUGCCCCUCAUCGCCCCGCCCCGGGGGUGGGGUCCCAGCUGCCCCGCCCGUCCGCUCUGCGGCCUGACGGGCGGCGACCGCGGAGCCUUCCGCCGACUCCGCUGCCGCGGGCUGCCGCGCCGUCCCGGCCCGGACUAGCAGCGGUCGAGGGCGUUCUCCAGGGAGGCUCAAAAGUGGGGGCACUGGGGCAUCCGGGCUGCCCAGGCCACUCUGCUGAGCAGGCCUUUCCAUGGAGGACACAGGCGAGGACCCCACCAUAUUCACUGCCCAUUCUCUGCCCAGUGACCCCCGCUUCUUGGCCACUGUGACCAGCACCUACCUGGGCACACGUGUGUAUCAUGACACACUGCAUGUGAGUGGUGUGUACAAUGGGGCUAGAGGGGACACGCACCGGGCCGUUCUGCCCAGUCCCCUCAAUGUCCAGCUGGAGGCCCCUGCAGGGACAGGAGAGCAGCUGACCAAGACCUUUGUCCUGGACACUAACACAGGCUCCUUUCUGCACACUGUGGAGGGCCCCAGCUUCCGGGCCUCCCAGUGCAUCUAUGCCCACCGCACGCUGCCGCACGUCCUGGCCUUCAGUGUGUCCAUCACCCGCCUGGCUGCGGGGAGCUGGCCUAUCACGGUGCUGCUGCGGUCGGACUUCUCCCCACACAGCCCAGACCUGGAACUGCAUCUAGGUCCUGACUUCCAGGGAGCCCGAUACCUGUAUGGCCACACACUCACCCCCGAGCAGCCUGGGGGGCUGCAGCAGGAAGUGCAUAUGCUGUGGACACCUGUGCCCCCGGCUCUGACCCUGGGGGAAGGCGAGGAGGACAGGACCUGGGAGUUCCUGACCGUGGUGGGUGGCAGCCAGGCUGAGGUCCAAGUCUGCCUGGCUGAGGCCCUGCAGCUGCAGGCCAGGGGCACUCUCUAUACUGCCCAUACCCGGGCCUGGGCCCAGCUCUGGGCAGCCUGUGGCCUCGAUGUGGAGGGGCCCAUGCCCCUGCGCCAGGCCCUGCGUGGCGCCCUCUACUACCUGCUCAGCGCUCUGCCCCAGCCUGGGGCCCCAGGAGACCUCUGCCAUGGCCUCAGCCCCGGGGGCCUCUCCAACGGGAGCCGUGAGGAAUGUUACUGGGGCCACAUCUUCUGGGACCAGGAUCUCUGGAUGUUCCCAAAUAUCCUGAUGUUCCACCCAGAGGCUGCCAGGACUCUCCUGGAAUACCGCAUCCGGACGCUGAGUGGGGCCCUGGACAAUGCCCGGAACCUGGGCUACCAGGGCGCCAAGUUCGCAUGGGAGAGCGCAGGCUCUGGCCUGGAAGUGUGCCCUGAGGCUAUUUAUGGGAGCCAGGAGAUCCACAUCAAUGGGGCCGUGGUGCUGGCCUUCCAGCUGUACUACCACGCCACCCAGGACUUACAGCUCUUCAGAGAAGCUGGUGGCUGGGACGUGGUCAGGGCCGUGGCUGAGUUUUGGUGCAGCCGUGUGGAGUGGAGCCCUGGGGAAGAGAGGUACCACCUGAGGGGAGUCAUGCCCCCCGAUGAAUACCACUCAGGCGUCAACAACUCCGUGUACACCAACAUCCUGGUCCAGAACAGCCUGCGCUUUGCUGCCGUCCUGGCCUGGGACUUGGGUCGGCCUGUCCCCAACCAGUGGCUGGUGGUGGCUGAUAAGAUCAAGGUGCCCUUUGACCCAAAGCGGCAUUUCCACCCAGAGUUCGAUGGGUACCAACCUGGAGAGGAGGUGAAGCAGGCAGACGUCGUGCUCCUGGGAUACCCCGUCCCGUUCCCCCUCAGUCCUCAUGUUCGCAGGAACAACCUGGAGAUUUAUGAGGCCGCGACAUCCCCCCAGGGUCCUGCCAUGACCUGGAGCAUGUUUGCAGUGGGCUGGAUGGAGCUGAAGGACCCCCAGCGGGCAUGGGGCCUCCUGGAGAGGAGCUUUGCCAACAUCACCGAGCCCUUCAAGGUGUGGACGGAGAACGCUGAUGGUUCAGGUGCUGUGAACUUCCUGACUGGCAUGGGGGGCUUCCUGCAGGCAGCACUCUUUGGGUUCACGGGGUUCAGGAUCACCCAUAGUGGCCUGACCUUCGACCCCAUGUGUCCAGCGGGGGUCUCUGGAGUGUGUGUCUCUGGCAUCUUCUACCAGGGGAACAAGUUUGACUUCUGCUUUUCUCGGGGCUCUGUGGCAGUUGAGGUCACAGCCCAGGCAGGGCCCUGGGCCCCCCUGCUGGAGGCUGAGCUGUGGCCAUCACAGGCUCGGCUCCCCCUUCCCCCUGGAGUCAUGCCAGAGAGCCAGGGUAUGUGCCCUCACCCACAGGGUGCCCACUCACCCUACAGGACACAAGGUCUACUUCCCCUACUCAGCUGGCCGGAUACAGAGGUCACUCCCGUAGGAAGCAGAACCAGCAAGUUCUCCUCAAAGAGAAUUUGAGAAGACAUGGGAGAAUCUUUUGAAGACAUUGACACCAGCACCAGAGCCCACAGGACCCCCUCUGGGACCCCCUGGGCCCUGCAGCCCCACCAUGUCUUCACCUGGGCACUGUCCUGGGCACUGCCCUUGAACAACAGGGCCCUUUGGCCUUAGAGCCCUCGGGUGCUCCCCGUUGACCACUCUUUCUACGGUCGCCACCACCUAUCGUUGACCCCCUCCGGGCCUACCAUCCUCUGUAGCCCAGCUCAGGCUCCACGUAAAGUCUGAUUUUUAGCCAG